AUGUUUGGAACACCGAAAUCACAGAACCGAGCGCUGUCUCAAAUUCAAUUUAACAAAUCACCGUCUGUCCUGUCUACCACAUCAAAGCAUGCAACAGUAGCAACUACAACAUCAUUAAUUGAAUCACGGGAAACAUAUUCAGGUCAUUCUCAACUCAAGAUUCGGAAAUCAACCGAAAACGUUAUUGAAGAUGAUAUUUUUAAUCACAGUGAUAAUGGUAAUGAGUCGGAAGACAGCGGCAGCGGAAAUGAAAAUCAGCAGCCUCCAUUUGCGUUUUUAUCCACACGAACCAUUGUCAGACCAACAAAACGAAAGAAAUUGUCUGCUUCAGCUGGUAAACAAGUUAAACGAGCUCGAUUUGAACCACAGCAACAAC